GGACUCAUGCAUCUGAAUGAAGUAAUGAACAGCUCACCAUGAAGCUGGCUAGGAGGCAGGAGCAGUGACCCAGUGUCUCUCUGAAUCUGUGUCUCUUUUGAUUAGAUAAUGAUUAGUUAGAUAAAAGUGUUGAUUGCUUUUCACACCUGUCCUCUCUUGUUUUUCUUGCUGGAUUCACCUUCUCUUGUGAUUUGUUUGGUUACAUGGGAAUUCACCCUGUGGUAAAAAAUGAGAAUAUAAAACCAACUGUUUCUAGGUCUUGAAAGCAUCAACAGAACAGGAUUAUUAAGCAAGCAGUUUUUUUUAUCAUCUCAACUCACUCUGUUUCCCCAAGCUGGUUUUGUUUCCUACCUUGGUGCUCUGUAUCUCUCUGCCUAUUAUAAAGCACAAAGUGGAGGAUCUGCUUUUCUGUCUCUUUUGUUCUCAGUAAUGAAGAGGCUAAAUAACUCAGAUACCAUGGCUACUUUGGUUUCCAAGUUCCCAUCAAAAGCAUAUGCAGGGGUGAAACAGAGGAAUGAAACUCAAGGUUACAGUGAAGAAUUUCAGGCAAUGCUAGAUAGAUUGGACCAAGAAGACAGUUAUGAAGAUGUUAGCUUGGUCUUGGAGAAGAAAAGGAGACUCAGAUUUGAUCAGGUUAAAGCCUUAGAGAGGAGCUUUGAAUUGGACAACAAGCUUGAGCCAGAGUACAAGGUGAAGCUAGCAGAAGAACUUGGAUUGCAACCAAAACAGGUUGCUAUAUGGUUCCAGAAUCGUCGAGCUCGUUGGAAAACCAAGCAAUUGGAGAGAGAUUAUGGCAUUCUGAAGUCCAACUUUGAUCAUCUCAAGGUUGAGUAUAGUAAUCUUAAGCAAGAGAAUGAGGCUCUUACUAUGAAGGUGAGAGAGUUGAAGGCAAAGUUGAUUAGAGUUGAAAGCAAUGAGUCAGAGAAAGAUGAAUCUCCCAAUUCAGAGGUUAGAGACAGAGGAGCUUCAGAGAGCAAUUCAUGUGGUAUGCUUAAGGAGGAAAGCAAUGUUGAAUCUCCUUUGUGUUUCAAUGGAUCUUUUCCAAGUUCAAGUCCAGUGAAAAAUUGGCUUCAUCAAUCUGAUUCAAAGGGGUCUCCUGAUAGAACAUUUCAGAAUCACUUAAUGAGAAUGGAGGAGCAGAGUUUCUAUAGCAUCAAUGAAUUCUAUAGUUUCUUUUCAGUUGAUCAAUGCCCUACUCUGUAGUAGAUUGGAUGGAUCAUUUUGGAGCAAUGCUACUAGCCUACUAUCUAAGUUUUCAUAAUUGAAAUCUGAUGGGAAAUUUCUUGGUUACA